GCACUAAUAUCAAAUCUCCCUCUCUGUAUCUCUCUCUUCCUAAUUCUCUGCAGAUGGGUCGCAUCCAAGAUCAAUCGCAAAACCAAGCCGAGUACGAGCUACAGCCUCAAGAAUAUCAAUCCGAACCAACACAGGACUUGACACUCGCUCUGGAUCAUGACCAACUCCAGCAAGAGGAGUAUCCACAAGGGCCGACACACCCAUCCGACGCCAUGGAAAGCGAGCCACAAGCUCAGCAACAGUUCCAGCAACCACCACAAUACGGUAACCCACAAGCACAGCCCAACCCUGCCUACAUGCCUCAACAGAUUCAGCAAGUCUCGCGUCCGCAGAACCCGCAAAUGAAUGCGAUGAACGCCAACCAGCUUGCUCCGUUCCCCCCACAGCGCCCACAAUCAUUGCCUCUGCAGCAGUCGCCGCAACUCCAUGUGUUUCCUCAUGGUCCAUUCCAACCGCAGGGGUUCGGUACUGGUAUGCAUGGUUACCAAUCUCCAUCACCGGUGCCAUUUCCGCCGGCGAGUGGUGAAUAUCAGGGUGUUCUGGCUUCUCCCCACAAACCUCCGGCUGCUGCUGAGUAUUGGACAAGUGGGCUAUUUGAUUGCAUGAAUGAUCCUACCAAUGCACUAGUCACAGUUUUCUUCCCAUGCGUGACAUUCGGGCAAGUCGCGGAGAUUGUGGACCGUGGUCACACUUCAUGCGGGACCAGCGGACUACUCUAUGGAUUGAUAGCCUUCCUCAUCGGAUUGCCAUGCAUAAUGUCAUGCACGUACCGCACAAAGAUGAGGAGCAUGUACAACCUCUCCGAAUCUCCAGGACCUGAUUGGGUUGUUCAUUGUCUCUGUGAGUGCUGUGCUCUUUGCCAGGAAUACAGAGAACUUCAAGCAAGAGGCUUCGACCCUUCAAUUGGAUGGAUUGGAAAUGUAGCCAAAAGUCAGAACAUCCAGAUGCAGCAUGGUGCCAUGGUGCCACCAGGGAGCCAAACUAUGAUGGGUUAAUUGAGAGACUUUUAGAAAUUUGAUUUGGACAAUAGUAACGUGUGUCUCAUGGUAUUGUUGUGUGUACAUGGUUAAUGUCAAUGCUCCGAUCUUGGCUUAUGCAACUUUUUUAAAAA